GAUGAGGAUGGGGGAUUCAACCUCUGCGGAUCUUUAUUUUUAUUUUCCUAUUUUAACUUUAGAGUUUAAGAUUGCAUUUUGAAGUCAAACAUACAUUUUUUCUCGACUAAAAUCCUGCAAAUUAUUUGGAUUUACUCGGACCGUGAUUUUGGAGAUUUACCUUUGAUGUGAUGUGAUCUCCUCGAGUAAUUUAGACCCCAGCUUUGAUGUGUUUUGGUUUUCUGAACCUUAAGUGCACUUUAUUUUGGCUCCAACAUUUGAUCAAACGCUUCAUGCAGUUUAGAUAAUUGGAAACAUUUGCUCGUUUGAUAUGAGGACUCGUGGGUCUUUUCUUUCUGGAAAGCAGUGAUGGCUAAGGUUCAACUAAACAUCGCUUCCUUUCCUCUUUUUUAUCACCUGAGAAACUUGUUGUGAGCCUCAUCACAUCUCUCUCUCCGUCUUUCCACCUGCCCAAGGAAGACUUCUACUUCCAAGACCCUGGCUCCAGGUGCCCGUCCAGCCCUGACGCACAGAGGACCACGCUGCGGCAAUGGAAAGAAUCUCGAACCAAAGUGACUUGUGGCCAUUUAACGAGACGUGGACGAACUCGAGUCUCCCUAACGGCACCUCCGGGUUGAAUCAGACGAAUCCUCUGAAGCGCAAUGAGGAGGUGGCGAAGGUGGAGGUGACCGUGCUCGCCCUGGUGCUGUUCAUGGCGCUGGCGGGGAACCUGUGCGUCCUGCUGGCUAUCCACACCACCAAGCACAGCCAGUCGCGCAUGUACUACUUCAUGAAGCACCUGAGCAUCGCCGAUCUAGUUGUGGCGAUAUUCCAAGUUCUGCCUCAACUUAUCUGGGACAUCACGUUUCGCUUCUACGGCCCGGACGCCUUGUGCAGAUUGGUGAAAUAUGUACAGGUUGUCGGGAUGUUCGCGUCCACGUACAUGUUGGUGUUGAUGUCUGUAGACAGGUGCCUGGCAAUUUGCCAGCCUCUCCGUUCCCUGCACCGGAGGAAAGACCGCUUCUAUGUCAUCUCCUCCUGGAUCCUGAGCCUGCUGUUCAGCGUCCCGCAGAUGUUCAUCUUCUCUCUGCGAGAGGUCGGCUCGGCCGGAUCGGGAGUCUACGACUGCUGGGGGGAUUUCGUGAAGCCGUGGGGAGCCAAGGCGUACAUCACAUGGAUCAGCCUGACCAUAUACAUCAUCCCCGUGGCCAUACUGAGCCUUUGCUACGGUUUGAUAAGCUUCAAAAUCUGGCAAAACUUCAGACUGAAAACCAGACGGGAGCAGUGCAUAAGCCUGACGCCCAAAUCCUCCAAAGGCAACACGCUGGCCCGAGUGAGCAGCGUGAAGCUCAUCUCCAAGGCGAAGAUAACCACGGUGAAAAUGACUUUUGUAAUCGUCCUGGCUUAUAUCGUCUGCUGGACCCCCUUCUUCUCUGUCCAGAUGUGGUCUGCGUGGGACCCAGAGGCGCCUCGCGAGGCAUUGCCCUUCAUCAUCUCCAUGCUGCUCGCCAGCCUCAACAGCUGCUGUAACCCCUGGAUCUACAUGUGCUUCGCCGGACACCUGUUCCAGGAUCUUCGGCAGAACUUUCUGUGCUGCUCCACUCGCUACCUCAAGUCAUCCCAGUGCCGCUGCGAGCCCGACUUUGACUCCAGUCACAAGAGCAACUCCUCAACGUUUGUCAUUAAGAGCACCAGUAGUCAGAGGAGCCUCACACAGACUUCUAGCACAUAAGCAUGGACCCUCCAGCCCCCACCCCCCACCCCCAUCAAGCUGCCCUCCUGGCCUUUAACCACAUGCUGUCGCCAUUAAAAAAGAAUCCAGCGGUUUGACUCCUGCAGAUACCUCUUUCCCUGAAGGUGGCUGUUCAAAGCCCCGAAGGGGAGUGACAACAGUGCUCUUAAAAUAUUGUAUUUACAUUAAUAUACAGGACAAAGUAAAAAUAUAAUUGUGAAAUAAGGAAAUGUUGGCAAAAUCUACAAACUCUAAAUAAGGGGCAAUAUUUUGUAAAUAAAAGCUUUCAAGAUGAUCAUGGAUCAAGCUGAGCAAUCCACUGAAUCUGUAGUUUUUUGUUUAUAAGUUUCUUUUUAUAGAUGUACAGUAUAUAUUUACACAUUUACUGGGCAGAGUGUGAAACAAAGAAAGAAAAAAGAAGAUGAAUUGCUAGUUGAAGCCCUGUCAGCCUAAAGCAACUACACCAUUGAUUCAAUUGAUAUCAAUAGCAAAGCUUACGGAUUCUGUUUGUCUGUGUUAUAAUGAAAUCGGUCACCUAUAUUAAAUAUUGUGUACAGUGUUGUUCACUUUGUUACAUUUGCGUUGGGUUGCAUGUGUAAGCAUUUACUUCUGUUUGAUGUGAGUUGUUUUAGCUGUCGCUGGUAACGAUUUCUAAAAAGUUAAAAAUAAAAUCAAUAAAGAAUGAAGGCAUCAUUAUUUGCACCGACCUGAUGCAGAAGUCCUUCUGCCUCCGAGACAGACUGAACAAAUCCUUGGCAAUGUUCCUGGAAAGUUUCUAGAGGGAUGUUUGUCUGAAUUUAGGACGUCACCGAGUUCCUGGAGGGUUUUUUUGGCAGCACAUUGAAACUUUGAACAUGCCGUUCGGCCUCAGUCCCAAAACACACUACUGGGUCAAGAUCUGGAGAUUGUGCAGUCCACAGAGGUGACCUGCAUGUUUCAGGAAGAAGUCUCAGGUCACAGCUGCUGCAAGACAUGACGUAUCCUCCUAUCGACCAUUGAACCAUGAAUUCACUCUAUAGCGUUUCUCAUGCCUGUUUUAUAAUUCGUUGUAAAUGCAAAAUGUUUCAAGAAUAUGACGAGGAUGUGAUCCACUUAGCACAUCAGUAAUCAUUUACAACAAUGAAAAGUGUCUGAUUAAAACAAAAGCUGAACAAUAAAAUGCUGAACAAUAUGCUGUAAUACAAUUUUUUCAUUGUGAAGUUCAUAAUGUUGUUCUACUUAUUUCAACUGUCCUCUCCUAGAAUAGAUUUUAAUACAGUAGGGUAGAUAGUGCAGAAUUAUUCAAUUGCAUUAUGUUGCAAAGAUCUACAUCUUAUGACUUUGUGGAUUACAAGAUAGAGUAAUGUAACUAGUUAAUAAUUGU